AUGUCGUCCAAGGUGACUGCGACGUUGGGCUUCUUCCUCUGCCUGGGCCUGGCGGCACAGCUUGCAAGCGCCACAUGGGAAGGAGAGGGCGACUACCCCUGGCUGAAGAAGGACGACAAGGGGGAAGUCGGUGAUUAUCCCCUCGAGAAGUACGAGCUAGACCAUAAUUUGUCGGACCUUGCCAGUAAGUACAUCGAGGAAAAGGGUAAGGCAGACAUGGCCGAGCACGACGAUUUGCUCAAGAAGCUCACGGACACCAAGAACUACCUUCCCGCCAGCAAGUACUCCGUCUCCUCCCUCUACUACAAGGUCUUCCAGCUCGAGCGUGAGAUCUGGUACAUCCUCGGCUGCCUGAAGUCGGGCAACUGCACUGUGGCCGGACCUCCAGGCCCCACUGGCGCCACCGGCCCUACAGGCCCCUCCGGCCCCUCCGGCCCUGCCGGUCCCACUGGUCCUAUGGGUGCCAAGGGCGAGAACGGCACCUGCUCAGCAGACCAGUGCGAGAAGUGCCCCGAGAAGGACAUCAUCAAAGCGACCGGCGGCGAGAAGAUCUGCUGCAAGGACGAUACCUGCCUCGUGGAUGUGCCCCCUUCCUGGGGCGGCAAAGACAUCGACUUCUACUACCCCCAGGACUACCCGUACGCGGAGGGCGCCUCACUCACCGGCCAAAAACCCGUCAAGGUCACCCUGGCACCGGGCACCUGCACCUACCCUGACGGAAAGAAGUGGCUCUGCAAGAGGGAGGAUAAGGGGUUCGAGGGUCUGUGCGGUCAGCUGUACAAGGGCAAGUGCUGGGGCUUCUACAAUGAGAAGUUCACCGAGAACGUUGUGAUUGGAGGUGAGCAACCAUAG